CUCCCCUCCCACAGCCCGGCGCUCCCUCCUCCACCCCUCCCACCGCCCGGCGCUCCCUCCUCACCCCGUGGCCACCACUCCGCCUCACGCCACUUCUGUCCGGCAGGAAGGAGUUACCCCGCCCGGGAGAGAGGCGGAAGCGAAGAAAACUCUCUCCCCUUUCCUGCCGGAGGGUCUGGAAUCACGGCCGGUCCCGGGCUGCGGAUACAGGCGGCGAGCGGGGCCCGGAUCCCGGAUCCGGACAGUCUGCGGCACUCGGGGCUCACCGGACCCGUCCCGCAAGAGUUUGGCGGCUUAACUAGUCUUGUUGCAGCCCGCGGUACAUUGUAACGUCGUACGGACCAUCGCAACAGCACGUUGUAAACCCUCAGGAAAGCAUCGUCACCGCCUCAAUCACGCCGUGAGUGUCCGCGAUACAUCGUAGCGUCCUGAGGACUAUCGCAACAGCCCGCGGUACAUCGUAGCAUCUUAUGGACCAUCGCAACAGCCCGCGAUACAUCGUAGUCCUGAGGACUAUCGCAACAGCCUGCGAUACAUCGUAGAGUCCUGAGGACUAUCGCAACAGCCCGCGAUACAUCGUAGAGUCCUGAGGACUAUCGCAACAGCCCGCGAUACAUCGUAGCGUCUUGUGGACUAUCGCAACAGCCCGCGAUACAUCGUAGCGUCUUGUGGACUAUCGCAACAGCCCGCGAUACAUCGUAGCAUCUUGUGGACUAUCGCAACAGCCCCUCAAUAUAUUGCAGCGCCCAGACUAUUGCAACAGCCCGCGAUAUAUCGCAGCACCUUCCGAACUAUCGCGACACAUCAUAGGCUUCUGAUCUACUGCAACAGCCCACGAUAUAUUGCGACAGCCUGCUGAACUAUCGCGACAGCCUGCGAUAUAUCACAACCUUAAAGACUAUCGCAACAGCCCGCGAUAUUCAGUAACGCCCAGACUAUCACAACAGCCCGCGAUAUAUCACACUGCCCAGACUAUCGCCCCUUAAGGACUAUCGCAACAACCCCCGAUACAUCGUGAGCCGACGAUACAUUAUAAUUCUUACGAAACGUUGUGAACCCUGCGUUAUAUCGUGCCUGCGAUACAGUGGGAGGCCUGAAGAGACGCGGUGUUGUGUCUGGGACGCGGUAUAUUGUGGGGGCCAGCGACCGGGCCGCGACCCCCUCUGACGGACGGGACCAGCAGCCUCACCGUGCGUGGUCCUGGGACGGCGCUGAGACUGCACCGGAGGCUAGCGGGAGCGGGGCUGGGAGUGACCCGGGACGGUCCGGGUGGGCGAUGCCCGGGCGGGACGAUGAACAGGCGGUGCCGGUGGUUCUGGAGCCUGGUCUCCCUCUGCUGCCUGUUGGGGGCUCGGGCGAGGAGCGGCGCCGGCUGGGUCCGGGACCUGAGCCCGGCCACACACCGCAGGCGGGACCCGGGGAGCGGCUCCGAGCGCAGGAUGGAGCCCCGUGGGAGACCCAAGCGAGACGGCAGCGUCACUCUGAGGUGACCGUCCCGUACCUGACGCUAGGGGGUGAGCGUCGCAGGUUGGACGCGGCGUUGCAGGAUAACCCCCCAGCGAGACUACAGUGUGAGAUUCAGGCAGGAGGCCAGAGACUGACGUUGGAAUUGGAGCAGAACGAGAACCUCCUCCCGGACUCCCACCGCCUGAUGUUUUAUCUGCCCAAUGGAACGGUGAUCACCGACACCGGGAACAAUCCCGUGAACUGUUACUAUCACGGGACGGUUCGAGGGUUCCCCAGGUCGUCGGUCAGCGUCAGUCUCUGCUCGGGCAUGAGGGGGGUUCUGGUGUUGUCCCCGAACCGGAGCUAUGGGAUCGAGCCGCUGCCCGCAGACCCCGGCGGGGUGCACCUGCUCUACAGGAUGGAGGGCGUCCGCUUCAACGCCAAGCGCUGUGCGGUCGGGCCCGGCCAGGAACAGCCCACACACCCGCCGCUGGAGCAGCCACCUCACCGGCGGAGGCGCGGCGUCCUGACGGAAUCCAAGUAUGUGGAGCUGGUGAUGGUGGCUGACAGCAAGGAGUAUCAUCGCUACGGAUCCAACCUCAAGGCUAUACAAAUGCGCAUGUUGGAAAUCACUAAUCAAGUAGAUGCUUUCUACAGACCGCUCAGCAUCCGCGUGGCGUUGGUGGGGGUAGAGGUUUGGACCCAGGAGGACCCUUUUGAGGUCAGCAGAAGCCCUGGAGACACCUUGAACCGGUUCCUGAAGUGGAGGGAAACGCACCUCGUUCCCAGGAUUCACCAUGACAAUGCUCAACUCCUAAUAGGGAGCUCGUUUCCGGGCGGAACAGUCGGCAUGGCAUCCCAAAGUUCCAUGUGCUCCAAGGAUCGCUCAGGAGGCGUCAGUGUGGACCACUCGGUGAGCGUGCUGGCUGUGGCUUCCACGGUGGCUCACGAGCUGGGCCACAACCUGGGCAUCAGCCACGAUACCGACGACCGGCAGUGUACCUGUCAGAAUCCGCGCAGGCUGGGUGGGUGUAUCAUGGAGCCGUCUACGGGGUUCCUCCCAGGCCAGGCCUUCAGCAGCUGCAGCCAGGCCGACGUGGAGCGGACCCUCCAGCACGGAGAGGCCAUGUGCCUAUUCAAUUUCCCCACCUCCGGAAGUCUGUACGGGGGCCAGAGGUGCGGCAACCUCUACCUCGAGGACGGCGAGGAGUGUGACUGUGGAUUGGCGGAUGAGUGCAAGGACCCCUGUUGCAACGCCACCACCUGCAAGUUGGCACCCGGCGCCCAGUGCUCCUCGGACGGAGCUUGCUGCGAAAAUUGCAAGUUGAAGCGAGUGGCGACCCUGUGCCGGCCCCCGCUGGGCGACUGUGACCUCCCCGAGUACUGUACGGGGGUCUCCCCCUACUGCCCGCCCAACGUCUUCCUGAGGAACGGCCUGGCCUGUGACGGAGAGCGGGCCUACUGCUACAACGGAGCCUGCCUCACCCUCCAGGCCCAGUGCGAGGUCCUCUGGGGCCCAGGGUCAGUCCAGGCCCCCGACAUCUGCUUCUCCGUCAACACCAAGGGUGACAUCUACGGCAACUGUGGCGAGUUCCCCAACGGCACCUUCCUCAGCUGCUCCGAGGAGGACACCAAGUGUGGGAAGCUCCAGUGCGAGGGAGGGAAUGACCGGCCGGUGCUGGGCUCCAACGCCAAGAUCCUGGUGACCAACGUGCGGCGGGGGGGGCAGGAGUACAGCUGCCGGGGCACGCACUUCAACCUGGGAGACGACAUCGCUGACCCCGCAAUGGUGAUGCCCGGCACCGUGUGUGGGCAAGGAAAGGCCUGCAUCGGCAGGAGGUGUCAGGACGUGUCUGCAUUUGGAGUGGAAGAGUGCCUGAGGAAGUGUAACAGCCAUGGGGUCUGCAACAGCAACGACAACUGCCACUGUGACGCAGGGUGGGCCCCACCCUAUUGUACGGGGUCAGGGUAUGGAGGCAGCGUCGACAGUGGCCCCGUGCAGGAGACACAAGCCAACCAUGCCCUCGUAGUCGCUAUGCUGCUCGUGUUCCUGUUUGCCGCAGGCGCCGCACUGCUGUGUUACCUGAAGAGAGAUGUAGUGUGGAGAGAGCUUCAGAGACUGCGCAAGGGUCCACAGCGCCACAGGGAUUCCAGAGUGGAAAAUGGGAGUCAGGCACCUUCCGGAGGCCGGAUGCGGUAUAAACCUCCGGAUCGGAUACAGACGGAAUUGAGGCCGGCACAUACUGUAAAGCCUGUCCUUCAACCACCCCUGAGACCUGCCGCACCAUCAAUGCCUCUACCACCUGACCCCGCGGUGAACGUCCGCCAGCCCAAGAGGGAAAUGCCGGGAAGGCCACCUCCAGUCUCCAAACCUCUGCCAAGAGAUCCGGCCCAUAGGAGCAGCCAGCCUCUGCCCGUCAGGAAGCCAUCUCCCCCCAGGAAGCCCCUUCCACGGGACCCGGGACCCCGACCAGUCGCCUGGUGGUCAGCUUCUGGAUUCGAGGAGGAGUGCAUCCCUGACCACUGCAGGCCUCCCACCAGACCUCCACCAGCCCCUCCAGGGAAGGAGUCCCAACUGCCCCCCCUGCCCUCAGCCAGCUCCUGACGACCCCCCCCCCACCCACCGGUGCCCCCAGUGACCACGGCUGCAACAGAGGGAGAUCCCACGAGAGGCCUGGACACCCCUCGCCCCUGCCGGCAGCCCCCAGCGAGGAGGCCUCAGGCUGCACCGGACGCGCUGUAAGAUGGAGGCCGUCGCCGGGGGGGGGGGGAGCGGCUGCGUUGUCGGGACCCGGGAGUGGACGGCGGUCAGCGGCCGGCAGUGGUGACCUCAUCAGUGGACGGGAGUGUGGGCGGGAGGGAGUCACCGUGGGGACCCUCGGGGGGCUUCAAUCGAUCGACCUGCCCUCCCUCCUCGCCGCCCCUCCCGCGGCGCUCCCUCCUCGCCGCCCCUCCUACAGCGCUCCAGGGAGAAAUCAGCUGGCUCUGUCUGUGUGGUGGAGAGAUCCAGCACAGAAACAGGCCCUUCGGCCCACACAGUCCCUGCCGACCAUUGAACACCAAUCCCAUUUUAUUCUCCCCACAUUCCCAUCAACUCCCGCCCCCCCACACACAGAUUUUACCCCUCAUACCUUGGGGAAGCAACCUACAGUGGCUGGUGAACCGACUGACCCCCCCCCCCCCCCACGCACCGUGGGGAUGUGGGAGGGAACUGGAGCCUCCAGGGGUAAUACCACGCGGUCACAGGGAGCGUGGAAACUCCGCGUGUGCGCGCACACACAGACACACGCACACACAAACACACAGAGACAGACGCACACACACACACACACACACACACACAGCGCCGGAGGUCGGGAUCGAACCCGGGUCUCUGGAGCCCUGCGCCUUGUAAACAAAAGUUUAUUCAGAUGUUCUCGAUUCAACCCCUGCUUGCCAAGUAAUUGCUCGUUAUUUUUUGUCUAACUUGUCCCACCACUGAGGUUAAACUCACUGCUCUGUAGUUCCUGAGUUAUACCCCCCUGAAAUCUAUGGACGGAAGGGAGGAGACCAGCCGCGUUGCUGAAUGACCUCAAUGGGCAUUCGAUCUGGAUCAGGGGGUUUAUCCACUUGAAGGGCAGCUACAUUUGUUCUCCGGAGCUGGGUUCGUGCGGGAUGUGGAUCCAGCGGCUGCGACUGACUCCGAAUUCCGUUCGGCCUUCUCAAUCGGAUGUUCCCUGUCCGCUGCCCAGACCGACGGCCUUAAUUUAUUGUAAUUCUUCUCCUGUGUUUGUGUCCAUCUCGCGCAGUUGUUAUUGAGAGCACCUGCCGUGGGGUGGCUCUGUCUGGAGGUGGGGAGACCGGGGCUGGGAGCUGCUACUCCCUCCCUCUGCACUCUCCCUCUCCUCUCGCUCCCUAUCCACUCUCUCCUCCUCCCUCCCUCCCUCUGCACUCUCUCCCUCGCUGGGGUUGAGUGGGGAGGGGGUGAUGGCAGAGGUGACGGACCCCACUUCCCUUACAUAGCCGACAUUUUGGACUUCAUGCCGGUGUGUCUGAGGCCGGUGAGAGGGAGACCGGGACUUUACUGGAGGGAUUCACCGUGAGCCAGGGUGUGUGUGUGUAUUUUAAAAAAUUGCAUCUCCAACACUAAUUUUAAUAAACUGUCCU